UGUGUUACUUGUUGGUUCCCAAGUUUUCUGCCAAUUUUUCGUGUCAGGCGUAUCAUCCAUUAUUGGAAAUAACUCUAAGCCAUAGAGCUACGUUGGAGGUUGCCGCAGUAGAGUUUGCAGCAUACAUUCGACUCCCGUUGUCGUUAAAAACCACAUUUAAAAAAUAAAUUAUUUUAUUAAACUUUGUAAUAUCACUGGAAGGCGCUGGUAAUACUAAUACAACGAAUAGCUAUAAGUAAACAACAGCUGCGCUCUUCUAUCAAACCACAUUGUCGAUAACGAUCAAACAGCUGUCCGAUAUAAUCGUUCAACGUAAAACACAGGGUGUUACGUAUUAGCAAAUGAAUAAUAAGAGAACGCUAUUAUCGAUAUCACCAGAAAACAGUCACAGUACCCCAAAAAAGUAUUCACCAUAUCAAAAAAUGAACAUAAAUAACCAACAAGAUGUUUUUUCGUGGAGUAAGCUGGGCGAUGUGUUGGAUGAUAAGUUGAAAGAUGUGGCCAAAAAAGAGGACCUUACUGCAAUCAAAUAUGAAGUGGAAGAACUUAAACAGGAAAAUUGUAAAUUGAGAGAAGAUAUCAAGAAACUAACAAAUCGCUUAGAAACCUUAGACAGAAAAUCUCGUACUACAAAUAUUGUGGUGAGUGGACUUAGAAGUAGAACUACAUUUACGGCAAAAAAAGAAUUCCUCGACAUCUGCAACAACAAAUUAAACAUCGUAGUUAACAUAUCGUACGCUAGAAUGUUAUCUUCAGGAAAAUCGUUCGUAUUUACACUGGACACCAAUUCCCAAGUGCAAAAUAUUUUAAAUACGAAAGAAAAAUUGCAUGGCCAAUUUAUAUAUAUACAAAAGGAUUAUACUGCUGUCGAACAGUCUACCAGAUACAACCUGCGUCAAGUUGGCAAAAUCGUAUCCCAGCAUAAAAAAGACGUUAAAGUUAGGUUAGGAGAGUUCUGUCUUUUCCUGUUGAAUCUGGUGUGAAACAGGGCUGUAUUCUCAGUCCUGUACUCUUUUCGUUAUACGUGAAUGACCUUCCCUAUAUAUUGCCUGGUGGUGUAAGAGUAGCGGACACUACGGUCAAAGUCUUAUUAUACGCCGAUGACAUUGUGCUAUUAUCUGACUCUCCAUUGGGCUUACAAGAGAUGAUUUAUGAACUUGAGAGGUACUGUUUGUUGUGGAGCUUGAAAGUAAACCUUUCUAAAUCGAAAAUUCUUGUUUUUCGUAGAGGUUCUAGAAUCUCUUCGAAUUUAAGGUGGUGCUUUGGAAAUCAGAAUAUUGAAAUUGUUAAUAGUUACACAUACCUGGGCGUUGAAAUAACUUACAAUUUGUCAUUUAGAAAACACUUACAGAAGAAGCUUGCGGAUUCCAAACUGGCCAUAAAUAGCACAUGGUCGAAGUAUAUAAGUCACCCUAGUAUUGCUAAAACUAAUAAGAUGAAGAUAUUCGAUGCAUGUUCCAGAUCUAUAAUGUUUUACGCUGCACAGGUUUGGGGUUACACAAGGUUUGAUGAUGUAGAGAAGCUCUUUCGCUUUUUUACUAAGAAAAUGCUUUAUUUGCCUAAUA